AUGGCGCAAGUGAGCGACAAUGAGUCCUCCAAAUCGUCGAACAGCGCGAGCAGCAGCGGGAGCGCGGCCACGAUGAGCGUCGGCUACGACCCGGUGUGGCCACCAAUCACUAUCGACCUGCUGGACGGGGAGUACAUGCACGACCUCAAGGGGCCGAACCAGUCCAAGAAGACGCUCACCGAGUUUGUGAACGCGAUGACGGACAGCGACGUCUACAACGUGUUCUUCCACUACACCACCGUCAUUCAACGGGAUCCGCGCAAAGCCAUCUCGACGUACAAGAAGUGGCCUGACCAGAACCGCUACACGGAUAUCCCUUGCUAUGACGAUACUCGGGUCAAGGUGAAGCACCCGACCGCCGACCACGACUACUACCACGCGAGCUACGUGGCCGGCUACCGCGCACAGGCGUACAUCUUGGCCCAGUCGCCGAUGCCGCACAACGCCGAGCAGUGGUGGCAUAUGAUUUGGCAGGAGAAGGUGCCCGUCAUCAUCAACAUGGUGCCGCUGGAUGGGGUGGCUUGCCCCCGUUACCUGCCGAUAAACACGGAGAAGGCGCUGACGUUCGGCCCGUUCACGAUCGAGGCGAGCAGCCAUGAGUGUGUGCGUGGCCACUACUGCGCCACCAACAUACACGUGGCCAAGGACGGGAAGGAGUGGCGCCAUUUGCUGCAUGUCAUCUGCCACGACUGGGAUACGCGGCUCGGCACCCCGACCCGUCCGACGGAGGUGCUGAACCUGCUGACCGACCUGAACAACGCGUACGAGGGGCUGGUCGAGGAGGCCGAGGGGGUCGGCUGGCUGAACCGUGAGGACAAGUCGCCGAUCCUCGUCUCGUGCCACACCGGGGUGAACCGCUCGGCGACGCUGGUCGCGCUCGACAUUCUGUGCAAGAGGCUCGAAGAGUCGAUAGACGACCCGGAUGGCCCGCUCAUCGACGUCGAGAACACGGUGCUCAAGCUGCGCACGCAACGCGCCAUGGCUGUUCAGCGCCCCGAGCAGUACCUCUUCCUCCACCUGGCCGCCUUUGAAUUCGCGCUGCGCAGGCGCAUGCUGCGCGAUGAGGACGCCCAGGUGGGCGCCAUCAGCGCCUUCAAGCUGGAAAUUACCGAAGACGCC